UCUCGACAACGUCACUUCCGUAGCGUAGCCAAGAUGGCGACGGCAAUAGACGCGGGCGAACUCCAUCAGCUGAGGCGGCGCUUCCAGGAGGAAGGCCUGCUGGGGGCCUCGGCGCUUCAAGGCCACGGAGCAGAGGCUGAAGAACCUACAACUGUUGAGAAAAAAGAAAAACCCCUUCCAAGACUUAAUAUCCAUUCUGCCUUUUGGAUUUUGGCAUCCAUUGUUGUGACAUAUUAUGUUGAAUUUUUUAAAACUGUGAAAGAAAACAUACAAACAAGUGGGUGGCUUCUGGUUGGUAUCAGCCUUUUGAUCACAAGCUUAGCUAUUGCAUUUUACUGCAUAUUGUAUCUGGAAUGGUAUUGUGGAAUUGGAGACUAUGAUGUCAGAUAUCCAGUACUGAUACCUCUUACAACUGCUACUUUCAUUUUAGCAGGAAUUUGUUUCAACAUUGCCUUAUGGCCUGUGUGGACACUUUUCACUCCCUUGAUAUUAUUUACCCAGUUUAUGGGUGCUAUAAUGCUUGUCUCUCUCCUUGGCUGAUAUUCAAGGUUUUACAUCGGAAGCAAAUGUGUUAACACUAAACCAGUAAAACAGAAUGUGGAUGAAGAAUGGAACCAGCCAUAAAGUAUUUCUGGCCUCUGAAAAGAGGGUUUUACUUGGAAAAGUAAAUAGAGAGUUGUUUGAAAUCAAGGUGGAUUUUCUUUUCUUUUUUUUUUUUUUUUUAGCACAGUCCUGAUCUUGAGUUGUGGAAUUGCACAGAUUACUGUUAACAUCUAAAUGAUUUUUUGAAAAUUGCAGUCUGAGUUUUAAUGACUAGGGGAAACUAUUAUAAUUUAAAGAUUCUUAACAGGUCUGUAGGUAAAAGUGAAAUUUAUAUUCUAGCCUUAGAAUGCAUUCCCAGUAUUUUGUUUGAAUAAUUAAUUUAUUUCAGCCCCUUUUUCGGGAUAGAUAUGUAAUUUUGUAUGUCAGCUUCAUGUAUCUUUAAGAGAAUUACAUUGUCUUGUGCCUUUAAAGCUCAUUGGAGUAAUUAUGGUAUACUUUAUUUUUACAAUUUUUUUUGUUAAAUGGGAGUUCUUAUUAAAAGCAAUAGUUUUCCUGUACCUCUUAGUAUUAAAUUAUCUCUUGUGUAAAUAAUUAUGCCAAGUUUUCUUUAUUUGUUUAAUGUUGGGAUUUUUAGCCAUUUAAAAUGAGUUUAAUACAUUUUGUUUCUUAACAUUAAAUUACAUUUUGCAAAAAAUGUCUCUUUUUAUUUUUUUAAUAUGUAUUUACUAAUUGUGCAUACCCUUGAAUUUUGUCACCUUCUGGGAAGAAACCCUUCUAAGUUGUUUGUAGAAGUGUUCAGGGAUGCAUUAAAAAUCAUUCCUAAUUUAAAUAUAGAAAUGCCUAAAUUUAAAAUAUGGAUUUAAUGUUAUGACAUGAAAAAAAAUCCUAGAUGUUUAUUCUUUUUACUGUAAUAAAUUUAAUUCCACAAA